UGCCGCCCUCCCCGCCUCCCUCCACCUCCUCCUCCUCCUCCUCCUCCUCCUCCUCCUCCUCCACCUCCUCCACCACCACCACCACCCCAUGUGCUUCCUGCCGGGCCAAGUUCGCGGAGCGCCGCCGCACGUCGGGCCAGCGGAGCGGAGCCGCAGCGGAGCGGGGCGCGGGGCAGCGGGCGCGGCUGCUGCGCGGCGCGGCGGGGCAGGCUCGGCGGAGCGCCGGCUGCAGCCUCGGGGCGCGCUCGCCCGGCCCCGGCGGCCCCUGCCCGCCCGCACGAUGCCGCGGCGGCGCGGCUGCCUGCCGCCCGUCCUGUGCGCGCUGGCCGCCCUCAGCCUGCCGCUGCUGCUGGCCGCCGAGCCCCGCGCCAAAAGUUGCUCCGAAGUGCGGAGGCUCUACGCCGCCAAGGGCUUCAGCCAGAGCGAGGCGCCCAGCCACGAGAUCAGCGGUGACCACUUGAAAGUCUGCUCGCAAGGCUACACAUGCUGCUCUCAAGAAAUGGAGGAGAAGUACAGUCAGCAGAGUAAACAUGACUUCAGAAAUGCUGUUGUAGAGCUUAGCAAUCACCUGCAAACCAUGUUUAGUUCUCGAUACAAGAAAUUUGAUGAGUUCUUCAAAGAGCUUCUCGAGAACGCUGAGAAGUCACUGAACGACAUGUUCGUGCGGACGUACGGCCGGUUGUACAUGCAGAACUCGGAGCUGUUCAAGGACCUCUUUGUGGAGCUGAAGCGCUACUACGUGGGCGGCAACGUCAACCUGGAGGAGAUGCUCAACGAGUUCUGGGCGCGCUUGCUGGAGCGCAUGUUCCGGCUGGUCAACCCCCAGUACCACUUCACGGAUGAGUACCUGGAGUGUGUCAGCAAGUACACGGAGCAGCUGAAGCCCUUUGGGGACGUGCCGCGGAAGCUCAAGCUGCAAGUGACGCGAGCCUUCGUGGCCGCCCGCACCUUCGCGCAGGGCCUUGCCGUCGCGAGGGACGUCGUCAGCAAAGUGUCCGCGGUGAACCCCACGCCACAGGGUACACGAGCACUGCUGAAAAUGAUGUACUGCCCACACUGCCGAGGUUUGGUAUCAGUGAAGCCCUGUUACAACUAUUGCUUUAACGUCAUGAGAGGCUGCUUGGCCAACCAAGGGGACUUGGACGCUGAGUGGAAUAUCUUUAUGGAUUCGAUGCUGCUGGUAGCAGAAAGGCUGGAGGGUCCCUUCAACAUUGAGUCAGUCAUGGACCCCAUUGAUGUGAAAAUUUCAGAUGCCAUCAUGAACAUGCAGGAGAACAGCAUGCAGGUGUCUCAGAAGGUUUUCCAGGGAUGUGGCCAGCCAAAAACACUUGCCCAAGGCCGGACUGCUCGCUCUGUCUCUGAAGGUGGUUUCAGUGCUCGUUUCAGACCCUACAACCCCGAGGAGCGGCCAACUACAGCUGCUGGCACGAGCUUGGACCGACUGGUUACUGAUGUGAAAGAGAAGCUGAAGCAAGCCAAAAAGUUUUGGUCAUCUCUCCCUGGCAACAUUUGCAAUGAUGAAAAGAUGUCUGUAGGCACUGUCAAUGAGAACGAGUGCUGGAAUGGGAGCGCCAAGAGCAGGUAUGACUUUGCGGUGACUGGAAAUGGCUUAGCGAGUCAAGUGAACAACCCGGAGGUGGAAGUUGAUAUUACCAAGCCAGACAUGGUGAUUCGCCGGCAAAUCAUGGCUCUGCGGGUGAUGACCAACAAGCUGAAGAACGCGUACAGUGGGAACGAUGUCGACUUCAUUGACAUAAGUGAGGAGAGCAGCGGGGAGGAGAGCGGCAGCGGCUGCGAGCUCCAGCAGUGCUCCCCGGAGUUCGAGUUCAACGCCACCGAGGUCACUCGGAACUCCAACAAGAGCGAUAAGAACGUGAACACUUCUGCCGCUGCCAGGAGCGGUCUAUCACAAGCAGCCUUGCUCCUUAGCAUUUUGUUCUUGGCCAUGCAAAGACAAUGGAGAUAAUUGUGCAGCAUAGGGGGGGGAAAGACUUUUAUUAUCAAAGGUAGAAGGCAUCUGCUUUCACUUUUAUACCAUCUAGAGACUUUGCUUUUUAAGUUAAUGGACAACAGUGUACAGUUUUUACUAUGUUGCCACUGGUUUUAAGAUACUGAUUUAUUUUUUUUUCCCUUGCUAUUCUGGGAAUAACAGGAACGGGGACUACCAGUCUAUCCUGUUCACCAAGAGUCCAUUUUAGAGAUGGAUAACAAAAAUGUAUAUACAAGCCUGUAGUUAGCUCUGCAUUUGUGUCUUUAUCACUUCUUUUUUUUUUUUCUUUUGCUGUAUUUCUUACAAAAACAAAAACCCCAGGGUCUUCUCUUGGCCUGUAACAAGUAUGUGUUUCUGAAAUGAGAAAUAUCUGUACAGAAGCAGGUUUUAUUUAUCAUGUAAUCUUAUGGGGAAAAAAUAAUUGCCCAACAAGCUGAAAAUGUUUCAUGUAGUUAACUUCCCAUUUAUCCACAUUAUGUUAGUUGCCUUAUCUGGAGAGAGGUGGAAGUCAUUUGUCUUUAUUAUGCGGUAAAACAGAAGGUGAAGGCAGAGCUGGUCAGCGUGCCAAGGGCCCUGUUUGUAUAGGGCAUCAAUGCCAGGAGCAGGUUGUGCUUGCUUUACAGGAGGUUUGGUUAAAUUGGAAGGGACUACAGAGAAUUCCCGUUCUGCAGACGCUAAGAAGAGAUGUCAUUUGCUCCCCAGGAUCCUUACAAUUGGCUGUAACUCCCGUGGGUCAGUUCCUGAUGUGCAUCCCCCAUGGGAAUGAGGCAUUAAACUUGUUCGGUUGGAAGCAA